AUGUCACCCUUGAAUGAACUUACUACUCCGACUACAGCAGGGCCUAAAAUGGACGCACAAGUUGCAGGUGAUGGAGUGGAAGCCUUCCCAGGCAUGCAUACAGAACGGGCUGAAAUGGAAGCAACAGUCCAUGGUAGAGUGGAAGAGGCUGAAACGGAAGCAGAAGUCCCUGCUGAUGGAGUGGAAGCUUUUCCAGCCAUGCAUAUACAAGGGGCUGAAAGGGAAGCGGAAGUCCCUGCUGAUAUUGUGGAAGGCUUCCCAGCCAUGGAAGUCGAAGCCGCUGCAAUUGACACUUCAGUUGGUGACAAACAAGUGCACCAACAACCUCACAAGGUUCCUACUUCUAAAGAUGUGAAGGUUCCUAGUCUUGAAGAUCCCCUCCUUCCUAGUCCGGAAGAUAGGGAAGGGUACAGAGGGGUGGGACGCAAGGCGAGGCCUCCCAUGGAAACUAGUAUAAAUCUGGUUGGUGAUGAAGGGGACAAGGAGGCUAAUGCCACGGUUCAGAAACCAGAUGCAGAAGGCAAAGGAUGUAGACUGAAGCGGCCCGCGAAAACAUUGUUGAGUCCAUUCACUGAUCCCUCCAGGAAAAAGAGGCUGACUACUGGUUUUCAUGCACAGACACUUGAGGCCCGUUUUGAUCCAACACAACCCGUGGCCAUGGACGAUGUGAAGUCUAUGAUACAAGUUUGCAAGGCUUGGAAAAGUGACAUCAGUGCGGAGUUGGAGCUCGAACCAUUUGUAGUUGGGGCAGAUUUUUUUUACAAACUUGUAGAUGAAACUGCAUGGAUGAGCUCGAGGCACGUUGACAUGGCCAUGUUUCUAAUACGCAAAAGACAACUCUCUCAUCCUCAAGUAUUUGGAACGGAGUGGACAACUGCCGAGUUUUGUCUGCAGCAAUUUUUACAGCCAUUUACACCGCCAAUUGCGAAACGAGUUACGAGGAAACAACUUGCUUCAACGACUGUUGACCCUCCCCCUAACUACCUCAGAAAUAUACACCACUUUGUCUGCGGUUCAUGGCAACAUGGUUAUGCGCAAGCAUGGACGAAAGUGCGCAAGAUGGAGCCUAUUACCCAGACGCUUGCAAAGGUGUUGUAUGACAUGAGGUUUUAUGAGAAAUCGGAGGUUGAAGCGGUGAAGAGAAAGGGGAUUGACAUGUCAACGUUUAACCCAUUCACAAUUUGCAGAAUUUCCGAUGUUCCUCAGCAAAGUGAUGGUAUGUGCACUUCUAACUUCUGUACUGCUCGGGUGGACAGUACCUCAUGUGGCAUUAUGACCGUCAAAUUUAUUGAGUAUCUCAGUGCUGGCAUUCCUUUUAAUACCAUUGACCCAGCCAAGUUUGGCUACUACCGAUUGAAGCUUGCAAUCGAGGCUCUCAGGGGAGAGGCCUAUGUAUGA